AUGAAGUUUGCAAAUACAGAAAUGGUGAGGGAUCUUGGAUACACUGCUGCUGUGUUUGACAUGACUGUUUCUGAAGAUGGCAAGAGCCUGGUGACAAUAGGUAGUUAUAAACCGUCUAUCAAAAUAUAUGAUAUGAUAAAUUUAUCGCUGAAGGUCGAGCGUCACUUUGAAGCAGAGCCAUUGAGAGUGAUUCCAUUGACACAGGAUGCAUCUAAGAUCUGUAUUUUGAAAAGAGACAGAUCGAUAGAGUUACAUGCAAAGUAUGGAUUCCAUGAAAGCAUCAAGGUGCCUUCUGUAUGCCUUGAUGCAUGCUUCAACAAGUUCAAAGCAGAGAUUAUGUGUGCAGGUGUUGGAUCUGAUAUAUACAGAUUUAAUCUUGAGCAGGGCCGGUUUUUGAAGAGUCAGGGCACAACCUUCCAGGAAAUACUUUGCAUAUGCAUGUGCGAGGCGAAUGGACUGAUCUGUGUUGGAGGAGACAAUAAAAUACAAUUUAUUGAUCAGAGGAGCAAGGAAGUUAUUAGAACUGUAGAGUAUGAUGGAACGCCGUGUAGCAUGUGUUUUUCCAACGGUGGAUUUGAAUUAGGUGUGGGCACUGAGGAAGGCAAUGUUUAUCUGCAUGAUCUUAGAGCAAGGAAAGAAAUAUGUAAGGUGAGCCAUGAAGGAAGCGUUAGAAAGGUUGGGUUUAAUGGCAACACUCUUAUUAGUAUUGGAGGAAAGACUCUGAGGUGCAGUGAUAGAUCAGGGAUGAUCGGAGAGUAUAUUGGUGAUGCGAGCAUGAGCUGCUUUGCAUGUACUGGAGGAUUUGUGUUUAUUGGAUUUGAUAAUGGAGAGAUCUGUGAAGUGAUUUCUGAAGAGUUGGGGGAGAUUCCAAUGUACUUGAGGAUGAAUGAGGAGUGA